AGCUCCAGUUCGCUCAGUGUCGCGGCCGAGGAGCCCGCUGAAAGCAGCGGAGCUGAUGGAAUUGUCACUGCCAGUGUCGACGGAGUAUACGAUGAUGGCGGAAGUGCAACCUGCAACGAAUGUCUGAAAGACCCUGGUAUCUGCUGUGCCGUCGAGUGUCAAAGCGGCAUGUGCCCGAAAAUCGCCAUGGAAAAUGGGGGCUGGACAAUCAACGGUGUCAAAAUAACAGGCGGUGGGAAGUGA